AUGAAAGUAUUUUGUUUGUAUUAUAUCGCAGCCUUACUGAUCACGGUUGCAAACGGUCAGUGUCUCGGUCGCGAACCACUCUUACCGACAGGUCUCAGUCCAGGCUGGGCCGGUUUCGAUAGUUCUGUACCAUUCGACUUUGGAUUCGGCGGUCCAGGGAUUGGCUUCAAUACAUUCGCACCUCCAAACGGCUUAGCUGCUUCUUACGGCGGAGGACUCACAGUUACCAGUUCCUCGCCCAUUGCUCCAACAGGAUUAACAGUUACUUCUGAAAAUACUAUCGAAGGCACGCUGUCUCUUACCGGACAGCUACCAUUCUUAGGUGCUGUGUCUGCCGAAGGUAAAUUCCCUUCUGUUGGCGUUGGAUCUGUAACUUAUGGAUGUGGAGACGGUGUUAUUGGUAUCACCGCAGAAAACCCAGUCAUUCCCUUAGCUUCAGGGUACGGAAAUCUUGGUGCUCCAUACAAUAGCAGAGGCUAUGGUCCAGUUUAUUAA